AUGAUGAUGGCCCGCAACUUCUCCUCUGUUUUAUUCUUGGCUCUACUCGUACUGAGCGCUUUCGUUGCGGCACAGGACCGGGACGACGAUGACAAGGUGCCGCCCUCGAACACGACGGCGAGCGGCAGUGCAUCCUCCCCGCCGGGCCCAGCCGUUAAUCCUCAGGCGCUGGCGUGCUUCCAGGACUGCUCCAAGAACCCCAUCUCCAAGUCGCCAUGCGCAAAGCAGAUUACGCCCAGCAACCCCAUUCCUCCUGCUUCGUGCCUGUGCAACGAUGCCGACUUUCUUCGCGGGGCCAGCGGCUGCGUGACCAACAAGUGCCUCAACUUUGUCCAGGACGUCAUGACCGAGGUCGAGAGCUUCUGCGGGCCCGACGCGUUCAAAGCCAUGCAGAUCAUCGGCGGCAGCACGGGCGCGGCGCCUAACUCGACGCCUUCUGGCAACGCGACCGACGCCGGAUCGGACAGCAAGGGCCCCAAGAUCCCCCAGGAUGCCCUUGACUGCUUCCAGGGCUGCUCGACGCUGCCCAUCGCCAACUCGACCUGUACCCAGAAAAUCGUCAACAACGCCACCUCGCCCAGCGCUUGCCUCUGCCACGACGCUCAGUUCCUCCAGGCUACUUCUGGAUGCGCACAGAACCAGUGCCUCAAGCAUGCGGCCUUCUUCGAGAGGGAGCUCCAGAGGUUCUGCGGACCCGACACGCCCGCUGCCAUGCAGAUCCUGGGCGGCAGCGUCAACGGCACCACGAACGGCACCAAGCCCGCCUCGCCGCCCAAGAACUCGAGCGGCGCCGCCUCUACCUCUGCUGCUGCCCCCGUCGCACAGGUCGUCCUUGCCGUCUUCGCUUGCGGCCUGGCCAUCGUUCUGCUCUUCUAG